GCUGACACGGGCCUGGAAUGAAGGCCCUUUGUGAGGUGGCCCUGGGAGCUGGCAGCAGGUUCCGUCCUGCCAGGAGAGGGACAACAGGAGCCAGGACCUGUGUAGAAGAUGGUUCUCGCCAUGCUGGGAGCUCUGCACCCCCGGGCUGGGCUCAGCCUCUUCCUCCUCCACCUCCUCCUGGCAGCAGCACUGCUUCGCUCCCAGCCUCUGAGGUCUCAGCGGUCUGCUCCCGAGGCGUUCUCUGCCCCCCUGGAACUCUCACAGCCAUUUUCCGGCCUGGUGGAUGACUAUGGCGUCCGCCCCAAGCACCCAUGGCCGAGAGGGCCUCGACCCCUCCUGUCCCGGGCCCAGCAACGCAAGCGGGAUGGGCCCGACAUGGCCGAAUAUUACGAUGAUGCCCACCUGUGACCCCAGGCCUUCAUAAAGCUAUUCCGCGUGGCAAAGGCUUGGCUUUCCUGGGCUGGGGGUGAGACAGGCAUGGGAGGGGUCCUCGCAGAUACAGCCACUGCAGUCCAGACA